CUCUUCCUCUCUUGCCACUUUAAUUCUCAAAUGACACCAGCUGAUGUUUCUCUUCUCCUGGAACACCUUUCUUCCUUAAGAACAACUGGCCUAGUGGUUCAGAGCCUCCUGCUCUCCCCACUGUUAUUCCUUCAACUUUAUUUUGAGUGGCAGUAGAAGUCAAAAUCUCUUGGAGUGAAUAGCUGGUGGGGCAUUUUGACGCCUGGACAAUGCACCAUGUCUUUGUGCAAUCCUGGAAUGGCUUUGGGUUUUGACACCCAGCUGAAAUGCAGCACCCCUGUCUCAGUCCAGGGGGGUCCUUUCUCUGCUUUUGGUUUCCUUCCUCGCACAAGUCGGUCUGUCCCCUUACUGAACCAAGAGGAGUUGGUGGAGAGCUUGGAUGGGAGCCCCUAUGACUUGAAUGACCUUCUCAGCCCUGGUCUGCUUGAGAGCAGCAACUGCUCCAUGCCAGACUCACAGCUGGUUAAGAGGAUAGUGUUGCAAGUAGAAUUCUACCUCUCAGAUGAGAACUUGUCCAAGGAUGCUUUCCUCCUGAAGCAUGUGCAGAAGAACAAGAUGGGGUUUGUGAGCAUCAAGCUCUUGACAUCUUUCAAAAAGGUGAAAUAUUUAACCAGAGACUGGCGGGUGACCCUCUAUGCUCUGCAGUUCUCAGAGCUGCUGGAAGUCAAUGAGGAAGGGACAAAAGUGAGGAGGAAGAAACCCAUCCCAGAAUAUCUUGUGAACAUUCCUCCAAGCAAAAUGCUCCUGGCCUGGAAUGUCCUCCCCCAGGAACAAACAGUUCCUGCCUCACUCUUAUUCCAGGCAACCUUCCUUGACAAGAUCACCAAGCUAUUCAGCCCCUUUGGUGACAUCGUCUCCAUUCGCAUCCUUCGGCCUGGCAAGAAGCUCCCUUCAGAUGUGAAGAAGUAUUCAUCACGGUACCCUGAGCUCUUAACCAAGUGCUGUGCCUUAGUCGAGUAUGAGAGUUUGGAGAAUGCCCGGAAGGCUUUUGAGGAGCUGGGCCACAGCCAGGUCUCUUCUCUGGGGCAGGCUGUCAAAGUGGUCAGCCUCUCUGGAAGAGGUUCCAAAAAGAAGAGCACAGCCAAUCAGGAAGAUGGCGAGGAGAUGGAGAAGCCUUCGAGGAAGUGGGCCAGCCUGUUGCCAGAAGGCCUCCAGCAUGCUCUCGAAGACUCCUUCUUCUACAGCUCAUCCACGGAGUCAGACAGCACCCCAGUUUCCACUCCCAUCCUGCCUCGGAAUUUCCUUUCUGCUCCCGUGUGGCCCACCACCAGCCUCUAUAACUCUGCCAGCCUGGCCUUCAAACCAAACUUCUUCAGUAUCCCAUAUGCUGGCCCUCUCCCACUGCACAAGUCACUGGCUCGGCCCUUCUGCCCCUUGCCUCUCACCACCCCCAAGCUGGGCAACAACACUUCUGAAUUGAAAAUGCCAUCUGACUCUUGCUGGGACAGUGGGGUGGGUUCUGAGAUCCUGUGGUCGCCCAUGCCACGAGGACCGGCCUGGACUCAAUCCUUCCACGUGAAACCAGAGCCCUUGAGCUCAAUGCCUGCUACCAAAAGGAUGUCUGAACCGUUUGGCAUCCGGCCAGGAGUGAUCCGCCUCCCUCGAGGGCCAGAUGGUACCAGGGGCUUCUACAAUACCAUUGGGCGGGGAAAAUUUGUCUUGCGACACUAAGCUUUGUGACCUUCUGUGGGGGUCCACCCUUGAUAUAGGGUCCAUGUACCACUGUUUGGUGGCUUUAAAGCCAAAGGAGCCAGAGGUCUGACCUGUGUAGGGCUGUAGAGGGGUCUAUGGUGAAGAGCUGGCUUGCACAUUGAGAGGCUGCUUGUACCAAAUGACAUGUAGAUUUAUUUUUAAUCUCCCUCGGUUUGCCUUUCGUCUUCCUGUUUGGUUUCCAGGCUAUCUUUUUUCCCCUUAAGUCUUAGGACCCUCGUGCUUCAGGGGGUCCCAACCAGUACUUCUGCUUGCAAGAUGUAGCUGUCUGACCUAGUAAUGGGGGCGGUGGUCUUCAUUGCCACCUCUUUUCUUUUCUGGAACUCGACCUUUUGCAUUGAUUAUGUGGUACAAUGAAUACGGAGCAUGAAUGAUGAAAUGGAGCACACUGAGGCAGAUCUGUGGAUACAAUUAGAUUCGGAAUAAUUGCCUUGUAAUGCUGUGAGAAACUGAAAAGAACUGCUGGCCAAAAAAAAAAAAAGAGCCAAUAAAGAAUGUGGAACUAUUCCAAAGA